CAAGUUCUUAUAUUCCUAAUCAUCUUACAUAAUUUCUUAGUAUCUGUGGACAAGUACUUUAUGCAUACCGUGUAGUUUUUAUGUACAUGUAUUUUGUGUAAGCCACUUUGGUGAACAAAUAUGUGUGGACAUGGAUAUUCAAUCCUAAAAAUACACCUUGAACAUGUUUGUUUUAUCCACCGCCACCUCUACCAUGGCCUCCACUUUUGUAUCCCUCACCCUCACGUCUCCCAUCUUUACAGUAUCCACCACCAUUGUUAUCGGAACUAGUCUCGUAGGAACUCACAUCUCCUAAGCGACUCUACCACAAUCCCAGAUCUGAAGUCGCGUUCAACUCGUCACCGCCGGCCAAGCUUGUUAAGGUUCUACCACAAGCCCAGAAAGCUCGUCGCUCUCACCGAACUCUCCAAAUCUGAAGUCGCGUUCAACUCGUCACCGCCGGCCAAGCUUGUUAAGGCCAAGAAAGAAGGUUAUGUCAGUGAAAUCCAGCUCCAAUUCGCUAAAGGUCUAUAUUUGAGAAUUUAAGGAUGUAAUGGAAGGUUAUGGUUUGUGAAUUGAGAUGACAUCUGAGAAAAUUAAUUUUUCGGGGUUUUUUUUUCUUGCUUUUGAAUGAGAGUGAGUUGGAGAGAGAGUAUCGUGAGUGAGAUGGAGAGAGGGUGCACGUGAGAGAGAUGGAGAGAGUGUAAGAUAAUGAGUUGUCACUAGGGUAUUUUUGUCUUUAGACAACAAGAAAGUGUCUGUCAAGCAUAAAGUGUCUAAUUGUGUUAAUACAAACUCAUAAAGUGUCUAUGAGAGUAAUUUUUUCUUACUUUUUCAAUAUAAUGCAUGUUUUUAAAUUUAACUAAGAACCAAUCAUGUUGAAAUCAUUAAUAACAAAAUUACAAUAAUUACAAGAGAUAUAAAUUAAAAUAAACAAAUGAUAAUUGUGUAAUCGGUUAUAUUAUAAAAAUAAGCAUUAUUGUAUUCAUUAACAUGCAUUUUUAUUUACGUUGAAACGUUGACUGCUGGAAACUAGUGCUAUGAGCCUAUGAUGUUGUUACAAAUAUAUUUUAGGAGAAUUCAUACUAUUUGUUGAAAAUAGAAAGAACUCUUUAUAAUGUAAAGUAGUUUCGAGAAUAUAUUAACAAUACGUAUCUAAAAAUACCUUUUUUCGUUUUUACCGAAAGAAAAGGUGUUACAAAUCAGUGGUCGAUAGAAACUUGAUCCUUUGAUCAGCUAAGUUUUAGGAUAAUCGUUUAUUCGUAUAACACCAAUCGUUGAAUUUGAGAGGAGAAACUUAGACCGCAAGCAAGAAGCCUUUCUCUUCUCUUGACCUUGAGAAUAAUUCCUCUGCCUUGAGUUGCACUCUGCCGACGAUGGCUCCACCGUACUCGUCAGACGAUAGCCAUUCUCCGGUAAACUCAACAGUGAUUGCCAUUGACAAAGAGAAGCAUAGCCAUUACGCGGUUCGUUGGGCCGUCGACCAUCUAGCCAAUACCAUUCACAACCCACUCAUCAUUCUUCUUCAUGUUCGUCUCAAAAGUUCAAAUUAUGGAGGGAAUGGAGCCAGUGAUGACCUGAACCAGCUUUUCAUUCCAUAUCGAGGAUAUUGUGCACGCAAAGGGAUUUCCAUGUCGGAGGCUGUUAUAGACGAUUCGGACGUGGCGAAAGCAAUAUUGGAGUAUGUUAAUAGCAACCUGGUUAACAAUCUUGUGUUGGGAGCAUCCGCCAAGAACACAUACACAUUUGCUAGGUCUCUUAUGUUUAGUAAACACCACGACGUGCAAGGUGCCAUAAUGAAAUCGAUACCUGAUUUUUGUUCAGUCUACGUAAUAUCCAAAGGAAAAGUUCAGUCUUCUCGACCAGCUCAAAGACCUAUCACCAACACACUUGCACCUCCUCGUGUACCCUCCUCUGGCUUUCUAAUCCAGUCGUUAUCGGAUAGCGAGCAAGAUCCUGUGCCUACCGGCCAACGUAGUGCAAGGAGAAAACCUACAGAGAUAUACCCACACAAUCGUACCCCCACCAACCCCACGCAAGAAAGGCACAAAGCCCCUAUAAAUGGGUCGAUGGAUUUUAACAAUGCCUUUACCCAAGUUGCGUUCCAAAGGAAUCCCACGAUACAAAGUUCCUUUUCUGACGAAUCUGAAGGUGGUAUGAGGGGCUCUAUUGAUGUAUCUUCUCAUAAUUCAGAUGUAUAUGGCGCAUCAUGUUCUUCAGACGAGUCAAAUGCUCAAACAACCAAAGAUAUUGAAGCUGAAAUGAGAAGGCUGAAGCUUGAACUAAAGCAAACUAUGGAUAUGUAUAGCUCAGCUUGUAAAGAAGCACUUACAGCAAAAAGAAAGGCAAACGAGCUAAACCAGUGGAAAAUAGAAGAAGCUCUUAAGUUCGAGAAAGCCAAGCUAUCUGAAGAAGCAGCAUUGGCAGUGGCAGAAAUGGAGAAGGCAAAGUGCAGAACGGCCUUAGAGGCAGCUGAGAAAGCUCAGAGAAUGGCGGAGCUAGAAGGACAAAGAAGAAAGCAAGCAGAGAUAAAAGCAAGAAAUGAAUCAGAGGAUAAAGACCGUGCAAUGAAUGCUUUAGCACACAACGAUGUUCGUUACAGAAGAUACUCCAUAGAAGAGAUCGAAGAAGCCACAGAGAACUUUGCAAAUCACAGAAAAAUUGGAGAAGGAGGUUAUGGACCUGUGUACAAAGGCGAACUUGACCACACUCCUGUUGCCAUUAAAGUCUUGAGACCAGAUGCUGCUCAAGGAAAAAAACAAUUUCAACAAGAGGUUGAAGUUCUAAGUAGCAUAAGGCAUCCUCACAUGGUCCUUCUCCUUGGUGCAUGUCCAGAAUAUGGAUGCUUGGUUUACGAGUUAAUGGAAAAUGGGAGCUUAGAGGACAUACUCAUCCGGAGAGGAAACUCUAAACCGCUUUCUUGGAGGAAACGUUUCGAAAUAGCGGCAGAGAUUGCUACCGCCCUCUCAUUCCUCCAUCAAGCUAAACCAGAACCUCUAGUUCACCGCGACCUCAAACCGGCCAACAUACUCCUAGACAAAAACUACGUGAGCAAGAUCAGUGACGUUGGUUUAGCACGAUUAGUCCCUGCGUCAGUAGCUAAUAACGUCACGCAAUACCACAUGACAUCUGCGGCAGGAACAUUCUGUUACAUAGACCCUGAGUAUCAACAGACAGGAAUGUUAACCACAAAAUCAGACAUAUACUCGUUGGGGAUAAUGCUGCUUCAGAUCAUUACCGCAAGGCCUCCCAUGGGGCUGGCCCACCAUGUCUCGAGGGCGAUCAGUAGAGGAACUUUAAAGGACAUGCUUGACCCGACCGUGCCCGAUUGGCCUCUACAAGAGGCUCAAGCUUUUGCAGCUAUGUCGUUGAGAUGCGCUGAGCUUAGAAAAAGAGAUAGACCGGAUCUUGGGAAGGAUGUUGUCCCACUACUUAUUCGAUUAAAGAACUUAGGUAAUGAUGCUGGUUUAACUCGUGCUGAUGAAAGCUAACGUAUGGAUAUGACAAAGAACUUUGUACAUUCAAACAUAUGAUUUGAGAUGUUUUUUAUUUAUAAAUUUAAUGUUAAAUUAAAUA